GAGACUGCGACUGGAGCAGAGGGAGGAAAGCCUGUCCCCAUUCGCUGCCAGGUCCGCAAGAACCAGGGGACGCUCGACACCCGAAGAGCCUUCGCCGCUCAGGACCGAAUUCCAGCGAGACCGGGACCGCAUCAUCACAGCAACGGUUUCCGCCGGCUCAAGCACAAGACACAGGUCUUCAUCGCUCCCACCGGCGAUCACUACGUAACGCGAUCUGACCCAUACCCUGGAGGUGACCCAGAUAGCGCGCACCAUCGCAAGGGCCCUCAACCUCAACGAAGACCUGGCGGAGGCCAUCGGCCUGGGCCACGACCUGGGGCACACGCCAUUUCGGCCACCUGGGGAGAGGAGGAGCUGGACCGCCUGCACCCGGAGGGGUUCCACCACUCGGCCCAGAGCCUUCGAAUGGUGGAGUAUCUGGGCAGGAACGGUCGGGGCCUCAACCUUACCUGGGAGGUCAGGGAGGGGAUCGAGUCCCACUCCAAGCCCAGAGAAGACCUUAUGGGCGCUCUGAAGGGAGAGGACGUUUCCCUUGAAGCCCAGAUAUGCCGCAUCUCAGACGCGGUUGCAUAUCUGAACCACGACAUCGGUGACGCCAUCAGGGCCGGCGUCAUCUCAGAGGACAAUCUGCCCCGGGACUGUAAGGAGGUCCUCGGUACGCGCCACUCCCAGCGGAUCGACACUAUGGUCAGCGACAUCGUGAGGUCCUCCUGGAGCAUCGCUGAUGGGAAGCGUCCGAGCGACGGCGGAAGCCCGCCAUCGCCAUGA